GGAACCCGUUCGUCCAACUCGCCGGCCACUUCAUCUCUCCUACUACUCAUCAACCCGAUAUUCUCACCCUAUUUAAACUCCAAAACCAAACACUCUUCCUCAAAAUCCUAUCGUCCAUUUCCAAUCCCCAAGAAACAACGGCGCGAUCUAUAUCAAACCUCUACGAUCCCUUAUUUUCUCUCUCAAUUCUUCGCUCUUUUAAUUUCGAGGGUUCCAGAAGAAGCCCCACCCUCCUCAGCUCCUUAUAUCCCCUCUCGAUUCAUCACGAAAUUGCUCAAGGUAUUUCUCCAAAACCCUAACCCUAAUCCCUCGGAUCCCUUCGCGAUUUCUCUUAAAAGAUCCCGAAAUUUUCCAGAUCUAGGUUAAGAUCAGCGAGAUCCGAGGAUGAGCGUGGUCGGGUUCGACGUCGGCAACGAGAGCGGCAUUGUCGCCGUCGCUCGCCAGCGAGGUAUCGACGUCGUGCUCAACGAUGAGUCGAAGCGCGAGACGCCGACGAUCAUCUGCUUCGGCGAGAAGCAGCGGUUCAUCGGCACCGCCGGCGCCGCCUCCUCGAUGAUGAACCCGAAGAACACCAUCUCGCAGAUCAAGCGCCUCAUCGGCCGGAAAUUCUCAGAUCCUGAGCUUCAGCGUGAUAUCCAAUCGCUGCCUUUUGCUGUUACCGAGGGUCCUGAUGGCUUCCCGUUGAUCCACGCUCGGUAUCUCGGCGAGCAAAGAGCUUUCACGCCUACUCAGGUUCUAGGUAUGGUUCUUUCGAACCUGAAGGCGAUCGCUGAGACGAACUUGAAUGCUGCGGUUGUUGAUUGUUGUAUUGGGAUUCCGGUCUACUUCACGGAUUUGCAACGGAGAGCGGUGAUGGACGCAGCGAAAAUCGCUGGACUGAAUCCGUUGCGGUUGUUUCAUGAGACCACGGCAACUGCUCUGGCUUAUGGGAUUUAUAAAACUGAUCUGCCUGAAAAUGAUCAGUUGAAUGUAGCAUUUGUUGAUGUUGGGCAUGCCAGCAUGCAGGUUUGCAUUGCUGGUCUUAGGAAGGGGCAGCUGAAGGUUUUGGCUCAUUCUUUUGAUCGAUCACUUGGUGGGCGAGAUUUCGAUGAGGUUUUGUUUAAGCAUUUUGCGGCGAAGUUCAAGGAGGAGUAUAAGAUUGAUGUGUACCAAAAUGCGAGGGCUUGUCUUAGGUUGAGGGCUGCUUGUGAGAAGUUGAAGAAGGUGUUGAGUGCGAACCCUGAGGCUCCAUUAAAUAUUGAGUGUUUGAUGGAGGAGAAGGAUGUUAGGGGGUUUAUUAAGAGGGAUGAGUUUGAGAAUAUUAGUGUACCGAUACUGGAGAGAGUUAAAGGGCCUUUGGAGAAAGCCCUUGCUGAUGCGGGAUUGAGUGUUGAGAACAUUCACUCUGUUGAGGUUGUUGGGUCGGGGUCUAGAGUCCCGGCUUUAAUUAGGAUAUUGACAGAGUUCUUCGGCAAGGAGCCAAGAAGGACAAUGAAUGCGAGUGAAUGUGUUGCUCGUGGAUGUGCACUUCAGUGUGCCAUGCUCAGCCCCACAUUCAAAGUGCGCGAGUUUCAGGUGCAUGAGUGUUUCCCCUUUUCGAUUGCCCUGUCAUGGAAAGGCUCUGUCCCUGAAGCACAGGGUGGAGCGGCGGAAAAUCAGAGUACAAUUGUAUUUCCCAAGGGUAAUCCAAUUCCAAGCAUCAAGGCUCUGACAUUCUUCAGAUCUAAUACAUUCUCUGUUGACGUGAUGUAUGCUGAUGCAAAUGAGUUACAAGCUUUGCCGAAGAUUAGUACCUAUACAAUUGGUCCAUUUCAAUCCACUAAAGGUGAGAGGGCAAAAUUGAAAGUCAAGGUCCGCCUGAAUCUCCAUGGAAUCGUUUCUGUUGAGUCAGCAACAAUGUUAGAGGAGGAAGAGGUUGAAGUAACGGUUACAGCUGCCAAGGAAGCACCUGCCAAGAUGGACACAGAUGAAGCAAAAGUUGACUCAUCUGCUGCUGAAAAUGAUGUCAAUAUGCAGGAUGCUCCUGGAACUGGGGCUGAGAAUGGUGUGCCGGAGACUGAAGACAAGCCUGUGCAGAUGGAAACAGAUGCUAAGGCUGAACCUUCAAAAAAGAAGGUAAAGAAGACCAAUGUGCCAGUUGUUGAAUUAGUUUAUGGAGGCCUGGCGACUGCAGAUUUGCAGAAAGCUGUUGAGAAGGAAUUUGAAAUGGCUCUACAAGACCGGGUUAUGGAAGAAACCAAAGACAAGAAGAAUGCUGUGGAGGCGUACGUCUAUGACAUGCGCAACAAGCUUCAUGACAAGUAUGAGGAAUUUGUAACGGCUGGUGAAAAGGAUGAGUUGAUUGCAAAACUUCAGGAGGUUGAGGAUUGGCUGUAUGAAGAUGGUGAGGAUGAGACAAAGGGUGUCUAUAUUGCAAAGCUUGACGAGCUCAAAAAGCAAGGUGAUCCUAUUGAGGAGCGUUAUAAGGAGUGGACGGAGAGAGAACCAGCUAGUAAUCAACUUAACUACUGUAUCAACAGUUAUAGAGAGGCAGCACUAUCUAAAGAUGCGAAAUUUGAUCACAUUGAUUUGGCAGAAAAGCAGAAGGUUGUCAAUGAGUGUGGGGAAGCUGAAGCAUGGCUAAGGGAGAAAAAGCAGCAGCAGGAUGGCUUACCAAAACAUGCCACUCCUGCUCUUUUUUCGGCUGAUAUCAAGAGAAAGGCUGAGGCACUGGACAGGUUCUGCAGGCCAAUAAUGACCAAGCCUAGACCUGCACCUGCCAAGCCUCAGACACCUCCGCCAACUGAGUCCCCUCCUCAACCACAACCGGCUGAGCAGCAAUCUCAACAAGAGCAAGAAGGUGGAGAACAAAUGGCUGAAGAAACUGCGCAAGGCACCCAGCCACCUGCCACUGAAUCUAUGGAUACCGAAAAGCCCGAGGCAACCCCAACAGCUUGAAGCAUGCUAAAAGCAGACCCUAAAAUUAUAUAUCAUGGUGUUCUCUCUCUCUCUCUCUCUCUCUCACUCGGAUAUAGGUGAUUUGUUGAUGUGUCUGGCUUUAUGGAUUUCAAUUGAGCUCGCAAACUUGUAUUUGUUGUCUUUUCAAGAGAUUUAAGUUUUAUACUUGGAACAGUUUUCCCCAGGUUUUGAGGCAUUAUUAUUGAGGUCAACAAGUCUUGGAUUUUGCCCUUAUUGGGGUUAUUCUGUUGCUUGUCUUC